GAGAGUAGGAAGUGACGCACUAAAUAAUCGCCGAAACAGAGAAAAAUUGGUUCGCUCUAAAGGGAAUUCCGCGCCGGAAAUUACGCAUAAGGGCUGAGCCGUGAGGCUUUCCUUUUCGUCUGGUGUGCGGGCUAGAGCGGAGAAAACGUAGGAGUUUCAGUUCUGGCUGUUUAACUCCAAAUGGGGGAUGAAAAAGACACCUGGAAAGUAAAAACAUUGGACGAAAUUUUGCAAGAAAAAAAGAGGAGAAAGGAACAAGAAGAAAAAACAGAAGUGAAUCCCAACAAAAAUGCUGAUGAUCGUGAUUCUAAAAGAGAUUCUCUUGAAGAAGGCGAGCUAAGAGAUCAAAAGAUGGAGAUCACAAUAAGAAAUUCCCCUUACAAAAGGGAGGAUUCUAUAGAAGAUAGGGGUGAGGAAGAUGACUCCUUGGCUAUUAAACCUCCACAGCAGAUUUUGCGAAAAGAAAAAUCACAUCACAGAAAAGAUGAAAAGAGAAAGGAGAAGCGUAGACACCGUAGCCACUCAGCUGAAGGAUCUGCAGGUAAACAUAUUCGUGUGAAGGACAAAGACAGAGAACAUGAGAGGAGAAAGAGGCGCAGAGAAGAGCAAGACAAAGCUCGACGUGAGUGGGAGAGACAGAAAAGGAGGGAGAUGGCAAGAGAACAUUCAAGAAGAGAGAGGGAGCCCUUUAAUGUUUGCAGGGACCGUCUGGAACAGUUAGAGCGUAAGCGUGAACGAGAAAGAAAGGUGAGGGAACAACAGAAAGAACAAAGGGAGCUGAAAGAGAGAGAAAGGAGAGCUGAGGAACGGCGCAAAGAACGAGACCUCAAGAGAGAAGGGCUCCCAGGAUCUGCGCUUCCUGUGCGCAGGAAGCCAGGGCUCUUGCAAGAGAGUGAGAAAAUGCAGUACAGUGCACACUAUGCAGAUGCAAGAAUACUUGUAGAGUUUAGCACUCAAACAGCUGCACAUCACAGAACAGCGAGGGAAGACCAUAGUGAAAAAAACAAAGUUAUCCGUAGUCGAAGUCCCAUAAGGCAGCAACGAGAGAGAUUAGUUGCAGAAGACGUAAAGCAACAAGGGAAAAAUGAAAGACUAGACAUGGAAACAAUGCUUUCAGAUUUGCAAGAUGUCAGUGACAGUGAGAGAAAAACUACUUCUGCAGAAUCCUCCUCAGCAGGUACUGGGUCUGCCUCAGAAGAGGAAGAGGAAUCUAGUUCUGAAGAAUCUGAGGAAGGAGAAGAAGAGGAGGAGGAAGAAGAAGAGGAGGAGGAUGAUGAUGAUGAAGAGGAGGAGGAGGAAGAAACUGGAAGUAAUUCCGAAGCAGUGUCCGAGCAGUCAGCAGAGGAGGUCAGUGAUGAAGAGAUGAGUGAAGACGAGCGAGAGAACGGGAAUCAUGUUCCUGUCGAAUCCAGGUUUGACCAUGACUCCGCUGAGAGCGAGGAAGAAGAAGAGGAUGAAGAAGACAUAAGAGAAAUAAGUCCACAUUCAAAUCCCCCGACAGAUGGAGACUACGUUCCAGACUCUCCAGUCAUGUCACCAGUUGAGCUGAAGCAAGAAUUGCCAAAAUACCUUCCAGCCCUUCAGGGCUGCCGUAGUGUUGAGGAAUUCCAGUGCUUGAAUCGAAUUGAAGAAGGGACAUAUGGUGUAGUGUAUAGAGCAAAAGAUCGUAAAACUGAUGAAAUUGUGGCUCUGAAACGGUUGAAAAUGGAAAAAGAGAAAGAGGGAUUCCCUAUCACAUCUCUUCGUGAGAUCAACACUAUCCUAAAAGCACAACACCCGAAUAUUGUCACAGUGAGGGAAAUUGUUGUAGGAAGUAAUAUGGACAAAAUCUACAUUGUCAUGAACUAUGUGGAACAUGACCUGAAAAGUCUAAUGGAGACCAUGAAGCAGCCUUUUCUUCCAGGUGAGGUGAAGACACUCAUGAUUCAACUUUUAAGGGGUGUUCGGCAUCUACAUGAUAAUUGGAUUCUUCAUCGAGACCUUAAGACCUCUAAUUUGCUGCUCAGCCAUGCUGGUAUCUUAAAGGUUGGAGAUUUUGGUUUGGCACGCGAGUAUGGAUCACCACUGAAGCCUUACACACCUAUUGUAGUUACCCUUUGGUAUCGAGCCCCUGAGCUGUUACUGGGUGCAAAGGAAUACUCUACAGCCAUUGAUAUGUGGUCUGUAGGUUGUAUAUUUGGAGAACUACUGACCCAGAAACCCCUCUUUCCUGGAAAGUCUGAGAUUGAUCAGAUUAAUAAAAUAUUUAAGGAUCUAGGGACACCGAGUGAAAAGAUCUGGCCUGGGUACAAUGAACUCCCUGCCAUUAAGAAAAUGACCUUCACUGAUUAUCCGUAUAACAAUCUUCGUAAGAGAUUUGGUGCUCUGCUUUCAGACCAAGGAUUUGAACUCAUGAACAAGUUUCUCACAUAUUGUCCAGCAAAGAGAAUCAGUGCAGAGGAUGGCUUAAAGCAUGAAUAUUUCCGUGAAACCCCACUUCCAAUUGAGCCAGCCAUGUUUCCAACAUGGCCAGCUAAGAGUGAACAACAGAGGGUUAAACGUGGCACAAGUCCUCGUCCCCCAGAGGGAGGCUUAGGGUACAGCCAGCUGGGAGAUGAUGAUCUUAAAGAUACUGGAUUUCACCUGACCACAACCAACCAAGGAGCUUCUGCAGCUGGGCCAGGAUUCAGUCUCAAGUUUUAAACUUGCCUUAAAAGAUGUUUUUCCAUGGGAAAUUUUAGGAUCUUUUGAAGUUGCAAAUACUGAAAAUUCCAGCAUACCACCCAUAAAGAUAUAAGAAUUUGUUACUAUAAAAAAAAAACUUCAUUCCUUUUUGGAGUCAUAAGCAAGGACUGGAACUCCGUAUUCAAAGGUCUUUGACUUAUUUAUUUUUCACUAUUGUAUAUUUGUAGAAUUAAAAAUAAUUUUUAACUAA